CUUCUGUCAUUUGUGUGGAAAGUGCCACACACACUCCAGAACAACAACGGCUUUUGCUUGCAUAUUCCAGUGUUUCUUUUGUCAGCGAGUCCAGCAAAGUUGUAACUCUUCAAGUGCCAGCCCUGAGCUGAGUGAGGAGCCACCAGCAGAGAUGGUAAAAAUGACAAAAUCAAAAACGUUCCAGGCUUACCUGCCAAACUGUCAUCGAACCUACAGCUGUAUCCACUGCAGAGCCCAUCUAGCCAAUCAUGAUGAAUUGAUCUCCAAGUCCUUCCAGGGAAGCCAGGGGCGAGCCUACCUCUUUAAUUCUGUGGUAAAUGUGGGCUGUGGUCCAGCAGAGGAGAGAGUUCUUCUAACAGGUUUACAUGCUGUAGCAGAUAUCUAUUGUGAAAACUGUAAAACCACUCUUGGAUGGAAAUAUGAACAUGCUUUUGAGAGCAGUCAGAAAUACAAAGAAGGAAAAUUUAUCAUUGAACUUGCCCACAUGAUAAAGGACAAUGGCUGGGAGUGA